AAGAACUUCACCAGCUACAAAAAUCCACCCACAACCUCUUUCAUCCCACAGCAGAAAUAUCAGAACCUCCACCCCCAAACUCUGACUGUUACCCAGCCAAUCACCAGCCUGCUCUGCAGAUCUGUAAACAGGCUGUUAUAUAACCAGAACCAGCCCAAAUCAUGUUUUACCCUCCCUGUCUGUACAGAUUCAUGAAUAUGCAAACAUUCCAUAAUAUUAUGAGUUUAAUUGGCUGCCAGCAGCGAAAACCUAACAGAGGCCCCGCCCACUCACUGUCUAUUGGCUGUGAGAGACAGAGGGGGCUACAGAGACUCGUGAGCAGAGAGGGAGAGAAAACGAAAGUAAGUUGGUCCUCCAUUACAGAAGAAUGAAGAAAGAGUGACGCAGUUUAGAAAAAAACGAUCUAACUUCAACCAACUCGAUUCUACAGCGGUUUAUUUUCACUGGAUGUCGGAUUUCAGAACUAGGCCAAACCUCACAACCGAGUGGACAACUUAAAUAUUCAUAGAUCUGCAUGUUCACUGAAGCGCCUCCAUGAUGGAGCCUCAUAAUUCCACUGAUGGAGGAGGAUCCUCUGAUCCAAAGGGGAGGGGAAGUCUACUGCAGAAUGAGUCGAGGUGUAGACUGUGUGAGCAACUUUCCAAAGAUCCAGUCUCUAUAACCUGUGGACACAGUUUCUGCAGACUGUGCAUCAACAGAUACUGGGACGAAACUUGCCAGACUGGAGAUUUCAGCUGUCCCUCCUGCAGAAAGAGAUCUAAAACACGUCCUGCUCUACAUCCACACACAGAUGAGUCUCUAAAAACGGACUCUAACCAACAAGAGGAUGUCCUUCACAGAGUUUUACAGAAACACAAAAUCUGUAUGAAGAACAGGUACGAGAGUUUAUUUGAAGGAAUCAAAACACAAGAGAACAGAACCCUCCUGAACAGGAUUUACACACAGCUCUACAUCAUAGAGGGAGAGAGUGAAGGGGUUAAUGAAGAACAUGAGAUUAUAAAGAUCGAGAAGACUUCAAACAAAUACUUACAGGAAACCCCAAUCAACUGCUUAGACAUCUUUAGACCUGUAAAAGAUCCUGAAGAAGAAAUGGAAGGAAUGAACGAAACAGCUGUGAUGGUUAAUAACAUCAGACAAAAUGAAAGGAAAGAAGAUAAAGAACCAAAAGAGCUUAGAACUGUUCUGACUAAAGGCAUCGCUGGCAUCGGAAAAACAGUCUCUGUACAGAAGUUCAUUCUGGACUGGGCAGAGGGAACAGCCAAUCAGGAUGUAGAUUUCAUGUUUGUGCUUCCAUUCCGAGAGCUGAACCUGAUUAAAGAUGAGCAGUACAGUCUUUACACACUUCUCUGCACUUUUCAUCCUGAGAUCAAAGACCUGGGCUCUAGGAUUUGUGAUGAGCGCAAAGUUGUGUUUAUCUUUGAUGGUCUGGAUGAAAGCAGAAUUCCACUGAAUUUUUCACAGUGUGAGAAAGUGUCUGACAUCACUGCAACAUCAUCAGUGGGUGUGUUAAUGACAAACCUUCUCAAAGGAGAGUUACUGCCCUCUGCUCACAUCUGGAUUACCUCCCGACCAGCAGCAGCCAAUCAGAUUCCUCCUCAGUAUAUCAACCGUGUUACAGAAAUUCAGGGGUUUAAUGACCCACAGAAGGAGGAGUACUUCAGGAAGAGAAUCAGUGACCAAGACCAAGCCCAGAAAAUCAUCUCCCACAUUAAGACAGCGAGGAGUCUCCACAUCAUGUGCCACAUUCCCGUCUUCUGCUGGAUCUCAGCCACUGUGCUUCAGCGAAUCAUGAAACAGAGUAAUACAGAAAUCCCUAAAACCCUGACUGAGAUGUACUCCCACUUUCUGAUCACUCAGACCAACAGGAAGAAUGAGAAGUAUGAAGAGAAUCUAAACUUGGAUCCAGUGAAAUUGCUGGAAUCUAACAGAACCAUGCUUCUGAAACUGGCAAAACUGGCUUUUAAGCAGCUGAUGAAGGGGAACGUGAUGUUCUAUGAAGAGGACCUGAGAGAGUGCAGUAUUGAUCUCACAGAGGCCUCAGUGUAUUCUGGGAUCUGCACUGAGAUCUUUAGGGAGGAAUGUGUGCUUUAUCAAAGGAAGGUCUACAGCUUUGUACAUCUGAGCUUUCAGGAGUUCCUGGCUGCUUUCUAUGUGUUUCACUGCUACCUGAGCAAGAACAUGAAGGACCUGGGGGUUUUUAAACCACAGAACAGAAAAUGGGAUGAAAAUGUCUCACUGCAUGUGCUCCUGAUGAGAGCAGUGAGCAAAGCCUCAGGGAGUCAGAAUGGACAUCUGGAUCUUUUCCUCCGUUUCCUGCUGGGCAUCUCUCUUGACUCCAGUCAGAAGAUCCUACAGGGCCUCCUGAUCCACACAGAGAGCACCUCACAGAGCAUCAAGCAAACAGUGACACACAUCAAAUACCUAAUCUCAACAGAAGAUCUUAAUACUGACAGAUCUAUAAACCUGUUCCUCUGUCUGACUGAAAUGAAUGACCAGGAUUUACCCAGAGAGAUUCAGAAAUACAUAAAUUCAGAUGAAAGUUUAAAAAAGAAUCUGUCUGCUCUGGAGUGUUUAGCUCUGUCCUACAUGCUGCAGACCUCAGAGGAGGUGCUGGAAGAGCUGGACCUGAAGAAAUACAGCACAUCAAGAAUUGCUUAUAUGAAACUGUUUCCAGCUGUGAACAACUGCAGAAAGGCUCUGUGA